GCGACCAAUGGCUAAACAAAGUUUGCUAAUUUUUUAGUGUUUUUCGAUGUUUUCAUUCGAACGAGAAGAGUUCAUCUGUAGAGUGCCAUGUCCGCCGUUGGUGCGCGGUGCUUAAAGUAAGCCAUAGGUUGCUACUGCUGUGUAAACACUCCCACUCGAGUUCUUCCUAAUCUCAGCAACCCGCCGAUCACCCGGAGAACUGCCGUAAAGUGUCGGAAAAUGUCAAACUUAUCCCGAAAAUUACUAGCCUUCCGAAAUAAUUUGCUCACUGCGUCACUGCACCGCAGCAUCCACCAUGAAUACGCUCUUCAACGCCCCUCGGGACCACCGAAACUUUCACCGUACGACGUCAACUGUAUAUUACGCGCCAGCGAGCAUACGCAAGAGUUCUUCGGGGGUUCCGUGAAGAGCUACGAUUCGAACCAGCUGGCUUCGAACUCGCCGAUCGAAGACUCGCGUAGCGAGGGAAGCUGUGUUCACACGGCCGGGCUGCUGAUGGGCAUAUUCGAUGGCCACGGCGGGCCAGCCUGCUCGCAGGUGGUCAGCAAACGACUGAUGCGAUACAUCGCUGCAUCCUUAGUGCCACCCGACGAUCUGCGCCAGCAUCUGCUCAACGGAGCGCAGAGUUUUUCUUUCCUAACCUGCCACAACGAUAAGCUAGAGUUUGUAAGCGAAAUCAAAGAGCUGUACGAGAAAAGCUUCACUCAGUUCGCCAACGAGCUUACCAACACGACACUGGCCGGCUUUCAGAUGCACCAGACGCUAGAGAAUGCGUUCAUCCGGCUCGAUCAGGACCUGUCACGUGAAGCAAUCGAAAUGCCCAGCCUACGAACCAUGUCCGUAGCGAUGAGUGGGGCCGUUGCCCUGGUUGCCCACGUCGACGGUCCGCAUCUGCACGUGGCAUCGGUGGGCGAUUGUUCCGCAGUGCUGGGCACGGUCACGGACACCGGCCAGUGGGUGGCGAAGAAGCUAACGAACGAGCACAACUCGGACAACGUGGGAGAGGUGCGCCGGCUGCUUAGCGAGCAUCCGGCCACCGAGCGGGACACGGUCAUCCGGGGCGAGCGUCUUCUCGGUCAAUUAGCGCCAUUACGUGCCAUGGGUGACUUUCGGUACAAGUGGUCACGCGAACAGCUGGAGCAGCUGGUUGUUCCCCAGUUUGGCGAUCAAGUGAUCGCACCGUACUACCUCACGCCGCCCUAUCUGAGCGCGUGCCCCGAGAUUACUCACCACAUUCUGACGCCCCGCGACAAGUUCCUCGUCAUCGCUAGCGACGGUCUCUGGGACACGAUGAGUGCGAUGCAAACGGUCCAUCUCGUGGGCGAGCACAUGUAUGGUAAAGCUUUCCUUCAGCCCCUAACGCUACCAAAACACGACAUCACGCUCGGCGAAAUCAGUCAAAUGCUGAGCACCCGAAAGGAAGGGUUGCAGAAGAAACCGCUGGAUCGGAACGCGGCAACCCAUCUGAUUCGGAAUGCGCUCGGUGGAACCGAGUACGGGGUCGAACACUCGAAGCUAUCCCACAUGCUAUCGCUUCCGCAGGACAUCGUGCGACUGUUUCGCGAUGAUAUUACCAUCAUCGUCGUGUAUUUCGAUUCGGAAUACCUUCGAAAUUGUCCCACCUAGACCGCAGUGAAACUUUGUUGGUUUUGGUACAUUGGUGAAUACUUUCAAACUAUGGCAUUUCUCAGCAAAAAUCCGAUCGUAAUCCGAUCGUGCAUGCGAAUUAUGGUGCACCGGUUGCUGUCUUCGAAUCGAAUAGUGUACAUACUAGGAUAAGAUCGACGCGGCUUGGGAAGAAUCGGGUCAUCCGUAAAACUGUCCGCUACAACGAACCGGCACACCGAGGUGCUACUCACAAACGUUUCGGAUGGACGUUAUAAUCCUUCCAUAACCAGUCAAUGAAUACGUGAAAAUAAUAAAUUAAACAAAA